AUUGCAAACCUGCAUUUGGUUACUUUUGUACUGUCCUGAAAUGUUGGCUUAAUGCAAUUUGGAAUUCUCUGCAUUAGACCAGAGGUGUGUUUCUGAAAUCAUAGGAACCAUGCUGCAUUCCCGACGAUAUCUAACUUGGUUCAUAAUCCUACUCGUUGGGCAGCUACAGGGAGGUAAGUUUACACAUACAACACAAGUGACUGGAUUCCUGCAUCAAUCUGUGUGUCUCACAGUGGAGAAUGAGAUUGAAUCAAGCUCUGUGCAAACCAUCCAAUGGCAGAGAGGGAAGAAAUUAAUCAUCCACUAUGUAAACAAUGAGACAGAAACGCCUGUGACUAUCUUUCCCAUGUACAAGGGACGUGUAACAUAUAUUGCAGAGAAUAACUCAUUGAUCAUUCACCAACUGAGCCUCUGGGAUGAAGGUGACUACAGGGUAACCACGACAUCUCCACUGGGGCUGGAAAAGGUGUCAGUCAUCAACCUGACAGUGCUGGUUCCAGUUUCAGAGCCCAGCAUUACUGUAUGGGUACAAGACAUUCCCUACUCAAAGGUGACCAUGAAUUGUACCGUCGAGAAUGGUUCCAACCCCCAGUUUUCCUGGAUGAAAGACAAUGCCAGUCUCCUGCUUGAACCAUGGUUCCAGCUGUCUGCUGACUACCGCAGCUUAGCUGUCAUCAACUUAACCAGCUCAGACUGUGGCGUUUAUGUUUGCUCUGUUCAAAACCCUGUGAACAGGGUCCGGACCCAGCAGCUCAUCACAGGUGAACGGUUCCAGGCCUGUCUGCAGCCCCUCUCUCAGUUGAGAUAUGUAGCUAUCGUUCUCUGCAUCUUGUUUGUGUUCACCUCCAUUGUGACUCUCGUUGUGAUCAAAACCCAUAGAAAGAGGCAAAGGGGGUUCCAAUCCUGGAGGGACGAGCAGGAUCCAUUCACGGAGAAUGAAAUUGAAAAUGAGCGAAACCAAGCUGAUCUAUCCACCUCAGCAGAUGGGCCUCAGAGUUCUCUGUACACCUACCUGCGUUUCAUCCCCAGCAAUGAGAAUCAAAAGAGCCAAGAACCGUCUCAGUGUCGCACCCCUGGACCCCAACUGUGAGCACUGCUUAAAUUGUAGCAAGUUCUGUACCUGAUCUUGGAACACGGUGCACAGCACCUCAGGCUUACUGCAAUAGUAUGGUACAGAAGUCAAGAGUGUUUUGAAAGAUCUGCACCUUCUGGAACUUGAAGCAGUCUGUGGGACAGGAGACUGAGACUGUCUACGCUUCAGGAAUAUGUCUUUACCAAGAAUAUAUGAUGCACUUUCUGUAACUUCCAACUUGAUAUCGUUUGCCCUUGGGCUGUGUACUUCAUGUGGAAUAUAUUUUGUAAUAUUUAGGACUAUUAACAGUUGUACAGAGUGGAAAAUGCUGUAUUGGGACAAGUUGAACUUUCUUUCAAAUUCUGUCCUGUUAGUUUUUUUUCUAUUUCCUUGUUACAAUUGUUAUUAUUAAAGUAUAUUUUGUGUAUAUGUGGUGGGGGUGGGGGUGUUGCCUAAUGUAGGGAAGAGAGAGUCCUGGGACGCAAGGUGCCUGUGUAACAGCCCAAGACCAUGUGUGAAUCCUGGUUGUGAAUAAUGUAUCAUUCAGUUGGUUGAAAUCAGAAUCUCAUCAGUUCAUCGGGACUUUCACUUGUUUCGGGAGGAGAAUUGAUUGUGAAAACCUCAAUAGACAGAGACAGCCAUUCAGCAUAAUCCAGACUGCUAUUGUUUUUC